CAACCUCCAGUUGGACCCACGGCGCCCCUUCGGCGCCAUAUUCAGCCCGAUGUGGACUAGGGGCUUGGCUUAAACAGCCUCAUCCCCCUUUGGCUAUGUGAGCACUGGCCGGUAUAUAUGGCCAAGGUACCUCUUGAAAUCGGCAUGGCGUCCAUCUCCCUAUCCUGCACACUGUUCUGGGCAGAGCAAGUACUUGCCAUCUCACCAUGGGCCGCCCAAAAAUCGAGGAGAAAAGCGACAAAAAUGACACCGUUGAUGUUGCGAAUAGUAUGGACGCCAAAUCGGAAGAGAAUCAGCCCGAAUUCAAGGACUUCGUGAGAAUAUUCCAUUAUGCCGAUCGCCUCAGUAUGAUUCUCAAUAUCCUCGCAUUUACCUGCGCUAUCGCGAGUGGUGCCGCCCUGCCAUUGAUGACCAUUGUGUUUGGUCAGUUCGCAAGCAAGUUUACCGACUUUGCUGGUGGCUCUACAGACCCGAGUGAUUUUGAGGGUAUUGUGAACGAGUUUGUCCUAUGGUUCAUCUAUCUGUUCGUCGGAAGGUUCGUAGUCACUUUGACUGCUACCUUGUCAAUCACAAUAUCUGGCAUCCGAACGACCAGGUCCCUCAGACAAGCUUAUUUCGAACACCUUCUUCGGACUGAGAUUUGGUACUAUGACACCGCAAAAGACAGCUCUCCUGCGGUGCAAAUCAGCACGAAUGCCACCCGUAUCAACCAGGGCAUAGCAGAGAAACUUGUUCUGAUAGUCCAAGGGCUGUCCAUGUUUUUUGCUUCUUUCAUCGUGGCAAUUUCAGUGCAAUGGAAACUGGCAUUGAUUACCUUGAGCGUGGUUCCCGCUAUGUUCAUCGCAAUUGGAAUUUGCAUUGCCAUCGACGCUCCCAUCGAAGCGAGUAUCGGCCGUGCCUAUUCCAAUGGAGCUUCGUUGGCCCAGGAAGCCUUAGCGUCUAUCAAGACAGUUCAUGCAUUUUCGGCCCAAGAGGGCAUAAUUCAGAAAUACGAUGAAUAUCUAGCGGAAGCCCACCGGUUCGGAAAGAAGAAAAUAAUCCCCUACGGGAUGUCGUCUGGAAUGAUCUACUUUUGUAUAUUCUCGGGAAACGCACUGGCCUUCUGGCAAGGCUACCGGAUGUUUCUAAGCGGAGAAAUAAGCGCAGUCGGUGAUGUCUUCACUGUCGUUAUGUGUACCGUUAUCGCAUCUACGUCUAUCAACAUAUUCUUCCCUCAAAUGGCUGUGGUUUCUACGGCAGUAGCUGCAGCGUCGGAGUUCUUUCGAACCAUGGAUAAACCGUCUGAGCUGGACCCUCUAUCCGACGCUGGAGAAAAGCCAAAUCAAUGUACUGGAGACAUUGAGUUGGACAAUGUCUCCUUUUCCUACCCAUCACGACCAUCAGCCAAAGUGCUGCAAGGAUUCACCCUUUCUAUUCCGGCAGGGAAGACCACCGCACUGGUUGGCAGCAGCGGAUCGGGUAAAAGCACACUGGUCGGUCUGCUAGAGCGUUGGUAUCAACCUACCGGUGGAUGUAUCUUACUUGACGGCACAGAUAUCACCAAGCUGAACACAAAGUGGCUUCGGAGCCAGAUCUCCUUAGUUCAACAGGAACCCGUCCUGUUUCAAGGCACUGUUUUCCAGAACGUGGCCAAGGGAUUUCUUGAGACCCAAAAGUCAUUGUCCUAUGACGAGCAGUUGCGUCUCGUACAAGAGGCCUGUAAAUCCAGCUAUGCCCAUGACUUUAUUCAGGCUUUACCACAGGGAUACUCAACAUACCUAGGGGAACGCGGUGGCACACUAAGCGGAGGGCAGAAACAGCGCGUCGCGAUUGCCCGUAGCAUUGUGUCCGAUCCCAAGAUUUUACUCCUGGACGAGGCCACAAGUGCUCUAGACCCUCAAGCUGAGCGAGUGGUUCAGGAAGCUCUGAACCAUGUGUCCAACAGCCGAACAACAAUCAUGAUUGCCCAUCGCCUCUCAACUGUGAAGGAUGCAGACAACAUCGCCGUCAUAUCCAAUGGAAGUUUGGUCGAGCAAGGGACACAUGAAGAGCUGAUUGCCCGACAGGGCAGUUAUGCAGCACUAGUCAAAGCGCAGAACCUCCACGGCAAUUUCGGACAGUCAGAAGAAGGGCCCUUGAUCAAUACUGAAAAGGGUGGUGACGUUCCUGAUGAACAUCUUCUGACCAACCCCAAUUCUAUCAUAAUAGAUGAGAAGCAGGCCUCCAAUGACAGAGACGAGAUCCAGUCGACAAAAAAGCGCUCCAUCUGGGGUAUCCUGUACCUCAUAUUGCGAGAGCAAGAGACUAUCUAUCCUCUCCUCGGCAUCAUCUCUUUCGGCUGCGUUAUUGCAGCUGCCACCCACCCCGCUCAAGCAGUCCUGUUCUCCCGACUAAUCGAGGUCUUCACUCCCAAUAGCGAGCCUGACCCGGAUGCAGCCAACUUCACCGCUCUCAUGUUCUUUGUUGUAGCUCUGGGUAACCUUGUGGCAUAUACCAUUGUGGGAGGUCUAUGCGUCGUGGUGUCCCAGCUAGUCACCCAUAACUACCGAUCAGAGCUCUUUAAGCGCAUCAUCAACAUGGACAUCGAGUUCUUCGACCAGAAGGAGAACACAUCUGGGGCGCUAGCGUCGAAUCUGAUGACGGUUCCAAAUAACCUGCAAGAGCUCAUUUCCAUCAACAUUUUCAUUCUACUCAUCCUCAUUAUCAGCUUACUGGCGAGCUCUGGUCUCGCUCUUGGAUACGGAUGGAAACUUGCCCUGGUGAUGAUUUUCGCUGGACUUCCCACUUUCAUUGGGGCAGCUUUGGUCCAACUGCGCCUCGAAGCAAAAAUGAAUGAUACCAACGAGGCACGGUUCUCUGACAGUGCCAGCCUGGCCGUGGAAGCUGUUGGAGCCUUGCGAACUGUCUCUUCGCUUACUCUUGAGGCGGACUUGCUGAUGGAAUACGCAGAGAACCUUCGUGUGAUACUGCGCCGGUCCGCAAAAACCAUGGUGGUUUCGAUGUCUGUUUAUGCAUUUGCUCAAUCUGUUGACUUUCUAGUCAUGGCCCUUGGCUUUUGGUACGGAUCACGUCUCCUAGCGUCAUCGGAGUAUACCACCGAACAAUUCUUUGUUGUUUUCAUGAGUAUCCUUCUGGCAGGCCAGGGCGCAGCUCAAUUUUUGGCGGCCGCUGGUAGCAUCACUAGGGCAAAAAGCGCGGGCACAUUCCUCCUAGACUUGAGAGACAAGAUCCCGCGGAUCCGCGAAACCGAUGAUAAUAGGGAUAACAGCCUGGAUGGCCAUGAGGGUGUUUCACUAGAUAAAGUCGACUUCACCUAUCCAGGUCGCUUGUCGCAAGUGAUUCGAGGAGUAUCAAUGCAGAUCUCCUCAGGCCAAUUCGUGGCAUUCGUCGGCCAUAGCGGCUGCGGAAAAUCAACCCUUAUCUCCCUUCUUGAAAGGUACUAUGACCCUACCUCUGGCGAGAUUCGCCUUGGGGACGAAAACAUCCAAAACUUCUCACCAAAAACCUACCGCUCCCAAAUGUCCCUCGUCCAACAAGAACCCGUCCUCUUUCAGGGUACAGUAUCAGAGAACAUUGCCCUAGGCGCCCUCCAAACCCCAACGGAAGAAGAAAUCUACGACGCCGCGAAGCAGGCCAACGCAUACGACUUCAUCAUCUCUCUUCCACAGGGCUUCAACACCCCAGCAGGGAAACAUGGAACAUCCUUCUCCGGCGGGCAACGUCAGCGGAUUGCCAUCGCGCGAGCCCUCAUCCGUCGGCCCAAGGUCCUCCUUCUCGACGAGGCAACCUCCGCGCUAGACACCCAGUCCGAGCGUCUCGUUCAGGCGGCUCUAGAUACAGCGGGUAAAAUGGACGGCCGAACAACUAUUGCCGUGGCGCAUCGGUUAUCAACAAUCCGCGACGCAGAUGUAAUCUAUGUUUUCGCAAAUGGGAAGGUUAUUGAGGUCGGUAGUCAUACAGAGUUGCAGCGGCAGAAGGGUGUUUAUUAUGAAAUGUGUUUGGCGCAGUCGCUAGACAAGUCUGUGGACACGGAUAGAGCGGAUAUUUCCAGUUAA